AUGUUCCUGAGCACCGCAUCCCACGAGGAGUACUACUCCUUCGGGGAGUCCACUUGGGACUUGGUGCUGUUCAUCGGCACCGGGGCUCUGGGGCCCAUGGGAUCGCUGCAGACCUUCAUCCUGGCCAUCGUCAAUGUGCUGAUGCAAGGGAUCUUCGUGGGCAUCGCCUGGUUCAACUUCUUGGCGCCCGACAUCAACGAGUCCACCGUCCAGGACGCCUUCCGCUGGCGCCGCUCCUCAGGACACUCGCUGAGCUACUACGACGAGGUGUCAAUGGAGUCUUUGGCCAAGCGGGUCUGCGACGAGGACAAGUCUCUGCACAUCUCGGGGAUCCAAGUCCAGCUGAUUGAGGACAUCCGCAAGUACCUGAAGCCCGAUGCCGAAGGCAUGGGCGUCUUUUUUACCGGUCAGGUCUUGUGCAUGGUGGCGCUGAUUUGCUGGUACUUGAUGGUGGCCAAGGAAGUGAGCCACGCGCUGGCGCUGCACCGGGGCGUGCACGCGCUGCCCAAUGGGAAGACCACCAUCACCACCAGGGAGAACCCCUUCACCCAGGUCACGUACUACAAGUUAGGAAGCGUCACAAGGCGCCGAAAAACGGCCAGUGCCCUCUUGCUGGUCUACAGAUUGGUGGCUGCCGUCUUGCUGAUCUAUGUGGGGACCUUCUUCCUGGUUUACACGGUGAGCGUCACAGAACUGAUCCUCAAUGCCGUUGCACUGGGCAUCAUCCUGGACAUCGACGACUUGCUCUUCGAUGCACUGGCCACCACCCCAGGCCGUCACCUGGUCAACCAGCUCGACCCGCUUCCCAUGCCGGCCUUCCCCCGGUUCCGUGGCGCGGACGCCAAGUCCACCAGCAUGAGCCUCCUGAUCCCGGGCGGCAUCGCGCUGGUCUACUUCAUGAUGCUUGCUCCCUUUGUCUCAGUGUUGAAUGAUGUCUCCACUAAGAUGUGCGGCGGAAACCAGCAGUUCGUUUGGAGCACAGACAAGCGCCGUGUGGUGAAUCUGUCUCCAACCUCCGGGGGAGGCUGGGACAACAUGACCCAGACCAUCCAGACCCUCGCCAUUGAUGAAGCUCAGACGAUACCCGAUGUCGCGAAUCCGAGAAACGCGAUGUAUGGCGUGUGGGUGCGGGAGGUGAGCCUCCUCCAGGAUAUGGAGUCCCUGACUUUGGAAGAGCUGAUCCAGAAGGGCAAUCCUCAAUGCGGGGACAUGGCGAAUGAGGAGCCCAUGCUGAACUACCUCCGAGAGGGCUUGGGCAACUGGAGCGUCGACAGCUGUGCGGACGCAGAGAUGUAUUGCAACUCUCUCACAGAGGAGCCCUGGAGCCUGGAUGCCGGCAGAGGCUACACCACGCGGAUGUUUUGCCCCGGCACUUGCGGCUGCAACGUGCCCGGCGGAAACUACGUCUUGACUCAGGGCUGCGCCUACGCGUCGGGGGAUCCAUGCCUACUCUCCAACACUUACCAGGAGCAGCGGACCAGCGCCACCUGCGUGGAGCCGGAUGCGGCUGAGUUGCGUUCGACCACGUCCUGGGCCAGCUGGGUCCAAACCAUCCAGGCCUACGGGAACUCUGCGGGGAACUUCCACGGCAAGGCCGAGGCGCUGAAGUUGGCCGAGGCGAUGUGGGAUCAUGGCUGUGGCUUUGGGCAGAAUCUCACGGACGAGAACGUGACGUGGGGCGACUGCUACUCCUGGAGCGCGGCAUUGUCCUGGCCCUUCAAAACCUUGGAAUUCUUCUGCCCCGUGACAUGCGACUGCAGGAGCCAGUACAGCAACUCCGCAUGUCCAACACCCGGAGGCAAGAACUGCAAUGAGCUGCAAAGCUGCCUCUUCCACAACGAUGUCUACUACUGCAAGGACAACACGCCAGUUUCCACGUCAU